AUGGAACAUCUGCAUUCUAGAAUCGCUACCUUACAUGACCUAUGGUCAUCUCUCGGUGUACUUGCUGACGUCGAUACCAUGAACUACAAACUGCGACAUGUUUUCCAUGAACUUGACAAAGUGAUCCAGUACGAAAGACUUCAGAAACAAUUAUUGUCGGCGGAUAUUGAAGAUACGCUGACAAACAUUGAAAGUGCAUGUUGUAUACUUGGGAUUCCAACAGAGAACAUUCUCGCUUCCAGCUUGUGUGAAGAUAUCGCUUCAGAUGCGUUGCAACUUCAACAGUGUUUUCAUCCUACAUUUGCGAGACAAAGUGCUCUAUCAGCAUUGAGCUCCAGACUGAUAAAUGAAAUCCAGCAACGACGUUCACAAGUAAAGACAUGGCUAGUCGAGAUUUCACAGCUUACGGCAGAGUUAGCUGAAACUCAUACGUUUAAAUCAUUCGAAGAGUACGAAGACGAGCUCAGCUGGGCAACUGUGCAAUCCAUCAGCUGCGCUUUACGCGACCUACUUCAACGACAAACAUUGCGUAGAGAUGAGUUCGAAGUUACAGCACAAGCAAUCCACUUCUACUGGACGGUCUUGGGUUUUUCAAUCAGCCAUGAUGAUCCUAUUGAAGUGGCGUUAUCUCAAAUCUUCCAUAAGCUUUCAUGCAAUAUAAACAUCCAUGUCAAACCAUCGUUCCACGCGUCAGCCCCAGAGAAAUUCAUAUAUUAUAGCCGAGACAUGCCAUCGCCGUUGCUGCUAUCCACGGCCGUCAUUGAUGCUAUGAAAGCUAAAGCAAGCUUACUGGAAGCGAUGUAUGAUGAACGUCACAGACAAUAUACAAAAUAUAUAAACAGCAUACGCACCAUCUGGGAUGAAUUGAAUAUUGCAGAGGAUCGUCGCUGCGUUAUCCGAGAAUCUUUAGACGUCGAUUAUUUAAACGAGCUCCAAGUCGAAUUUGAGAAAGUAAAAUCCGUUGUACGAGCCAUGACAGAUGAGUAUAUCGAAAAGUUUAGGGCUAGGCUUGAAAAUCUCUGGGAUAAAUGUCUGCUCACACCACAAGAGCGUGACGAAUUCAUAUCUAAGCUUCAUGAAAAGGCGGACACGAUGGACCAAGUGCGAGAUAUCGUGGAUGAACAUAUCAAAUACUUGCAGAAAAUUCAGACAGAAAGCGAGCUUGUAGCGAGGUUAAUGCAGCAGCGAAAAGAUCUCAUCCAGAAAAUGAUCGACUUUGAAAAGAAUGCGUCCGACCCAAAGCGUUUAUUCCAGGCCUCUUUUCAAUUGUUAGAAGAAGAGCGAUGGCGUAAUACAUGUUUUCCGACGUUGUUACAGUUGGAUGACAAUCUGAUUCAAGCUGUCCAGGAUUUUGAACGAGUAUCAGGGAAAUGCUUCAUGUAUGGUGACCGGCGUUACAUGGAUACACUGUUGGAAGAAAUUGCAGAGCGUGCGGCCAACCAAACAUUUUUCGGUUUUUUAACUCCUGAACCAUCUGAGCGUACAAACAGAAGCAGUUAUGGCAAAAAUCGAUCGGUUACAUCUACCAGUGUUUCAUCAGUGCAAACAAAGAGAAGAACAUUGGCCAAGGCGAAAUCUUAUACUGCGCAAUCACCGCCUUCAUCUGGUUCCCCUUCGUUUUCCAAGUCAAUCCAACCUCCUAAUCGAAGGCUAAGUGCCCCCAAAACAUUGAUUUCGCCCACAGUUACACCGAGUAGAUCAACACAUGCUGUGAAAUCCAGAAUGUCACCGGUUUCGAUGAAUCCUAAACCAUCAGCUUCGAUUUCUACGCAUCGCUACUCAGAAAGCAAACGACCAUCGACUCCCACGUUUGUAUCCUCGAGCCAAACUCUUCGGAAUAAGAGAUCUUCGUCGAGUUUUACUGCGUUUAACCGAGCAGCCUCUUGCUCGCCGACCGACAUGCCGCGGCGCCCAACUGGAUCCAAAAUGCCACCCACACCUCCUGCUGAAGUAGGAACAGGAAAUGGCUCGACCUCCAAGGUAUCGGCUGCUCCAACACCCAAUGCGACAGGGUCAGCAACAUAUACAUCUUUUACUACGGCUCGAACCGAUGGAAAACGCCCGGUAUCUAUGCGAGCAUCUCAUAUUCCAAUUCCUAUUGAUAGCAGUAUGAAAUCUGCCUCUUUAUCCUCGUCUGAAAAUCAGAGCUCCGAAAGUGCUUCAAGCAGCCCUGUCAAUUUUCGAAUGUCUUUAGAAUGUGCAUAA